AUGGACGUGAACAUGACGCGCCCGGACAACGCCACCAUCCUGAUGCUGCGCGACCCGGCCAUCGCGGUGGUGCUGCCCGUGGUGUACUCGCUGGUGGCGCUGGUGAGCAUCCCGGGCAACCUGUUCUCGCUGUGGGUGCUGUGCCGGCACAUCGGGCCCAAGACGCCGUCGGUGGUCUUCAUGAUCAACCUGAGCGUCACGGACCUCGCGCUGGCCUGCGUGCUGCCCUUCCAGAUACACUAUCACUGCAACGGCAACCACUGGGUGUUCGGCGUGCUGCUCUGCAACGCCGUCACCGUGGCCUUCUACGCCAACAUGUACUCGUCCAUCCUCACCAUGACCUGCAUCAGCGUGGACCGCUUCCUGGGCGUCGUGUACCCGCUGGCGUCCGCGCGGUGGCGCCGCCGCCGCUACGCGCUGGCCGCCUGCGCCGCCGCGUGGCUGCUGCUGCUGGCGGCGCUGUCGCCGCUGGCGCGCACCGACCUCACCUACGCCGUGGACGCGCUGGGCAUCGUCACCUGCUUCGACGUGCUCAAGUCCAACAUGCUGCCCAGCGUGGCCAUGUGGGCCGCCUUCCUCUUCACGCUGUUCGUCGUGCUCUUCCUGGUGCCCUUCGUGAUCACCGUGGCCUGCUACACCGCCACCAUCCUGACGCUGCUGCGCUCCGCCGACCCCCACGGCCGCGCGCAGCGCCGCCGCGCCGUCUCCCUGGCCGCCGUGGUGCUGCUGGCCUUCGUCGCCUGCUUCGCGCCCAGCAACUUCGUGCUGCUGGUGCACAUGGUCAGCCGCCUCUUCCUGGGCCGCAGCUACUACCACAUCUACAAGCUCACGCUCUGCCUGAGCUGCCUCAACAACUGCCUGGACCCCUUCGUCUACUACUUCGCGUCCAGCGAGUUCCAGCUGCGCCUCCGCGACUACCUGGGCUACGGCCCGCUGCCCGCCGCCGACAGCCCCGACAGCCGCCGCGAGAGCCUCUUCUCCGGGCGGACGCUGUCCGCGCGCUCCGUGGAUGAGCACGAGGCGCCCGAGAGGCCCAGCGUGAGACGGCAGGAGAGCGUGUUCUGA